AUGAAGGUUGCCGUUCUGUCCGCUCUAUUCACCGCAUCCUUUGCGGCUGCCGUCCCAUUCCUCGAGCCCAGGCUCGUGCAAAAACGCGCCUGUGGCGAGACGGCGGACCUCGUCUGUUACGGUAAAAACGGCGGGACACCUCAAAAUAUCAACCCAGAUGAUAUUGCUUGGGCGGCGCAGUACCUGCGCAAUAUCGCCCAGGUAAACAACGGCACAGCCGGCGCGUUCUGGACCAUGCCCCCCUCGAAUGACUGCGAGGAGUGGCAACUCCCGCUGGCCUUCGGCGAGACGGUCCUGUCGCUGGCCAAACACAUCAGCCCACGCAUCAACUCGUCUGUGCUCUUCGAGGACAUGGCCAAUACAAUCGACGGUGGCGCCAAUCCAACGCCAACAUCGUUUGCCAACUCGCUCCUAGGAGCGUGUGGAGGCGACGGAGGAAUGGUCGGUGUUUAUGUCAACGCGUCCAACCCGGCGUAUUUGACUCCGCAGUAUAUCUCCAGCGGAGCCAUGCCGGGCGGCAUUGUCAUUAAGAUUGUGCACUCUCCGCAAUAA